CGCUGCUGCAACCUCACUCGCGUGUGACUCCACUACCGGGCGUCACGCGCGUCGCCCGGCUCAUUUACAUACUUGACACCGCCCAGUGGGGACGAGCGCGAUAAGCUGCCGUCGCCCGACAAGCUAUGAAGCUAACCGCGCGGAGGGGAGGGAGCGAAACACCGAAACAAAGUUUGGCCGGGAGAGGGCUGCGUUAGAGAGAGAGAGACGGAGAGACGAGUGUUUCGACAGAGCCGAACCGCGGCUUCGUCGGGCUCUUUCGCCCCCCUCACUCUGUGGAUUACUGCCAUGGACGCGUUGAAGUCCGCCGGGAGGGCGAUCAUACGGAGCCCCAGCAUCGCCAAACAGUCGUGGGGCGCGGGCAGGCACAAAAAGCUUCCGGAGAACUGGACGGACACGAGGGAGACCCUACAGGAGGGCAUGGUGUUCCAGCUCAAGUACCUGGGGGUGACGAUGGUGGAGCAGCCCAAGGGAGAGGAGCUGUCUGCGGCCGCCGUCAAGAGGAUAGUGGCUACGGCCAAAGCCAGUGGAAAGAAACUUCAGAAAGUCACAUUAACGGUCUCCCCACGAGGGAUCAUCCUUUACGACAGUGCCUCCAAACAGCUGAUAGAAAAUAUCUCCAUUUACAGAAUAUCAUAUUGCACGGCAGACAAGAUGCACGACAAAGUGUUUGCCUACAUUGUCCAGAGCCAACACAACGAGACUCUCGAGUGUCACGCCUUCCUGUGCACGAAGAAGAAAAUGGCCCAGGCUGUAACCCUCACGGUGGCUCAGGCUUUCAGAGUGGCGUUUGAAUUCUGGCAGUCUGCCAAGGAAGAGAAAGAGAAGCGAGUGAAGUCGGGCUCAGACGGGGAAGGAGCCAGUAACUCCCAGUCGGAGAGCUCGGCCAGCCUGGGCAGCCUGAAGGGAGGGGAGGUGGCCGAGGGGAAACUUCUUGACUUGGCGGAGGGAGCCAUGGUGGCGCAGGUCCACUCCGGGACCAAGCAGGCUGAAUCGGAUCCCUUUAUGGCGCAUGACCACGCAACGGAGAACAACAAUACUGUUUGGGAGUUGGAGGACGGUCUGGACGAGGCUUUCUCAAGACUCGCUGAGUCUCGCACUAACCCCCAGGUCCUGGACAUUGGGGUAAACCCUCAGGACUUCAACACUGAAGAGUGCCUGUCCCCAGGCAAAUGGGACCAAGAGGACACGGACUUCACCGCACAAAAAGAUACGUUCAGGUGCUAAUGUGAAGCGUCCGCCAAGAAGGGAAGAGCAGGGAACGUUGAGGAGGAGGAGGAGCGGUGGCGAAGGAAGAUGAGCAACGAAACGGACAUUUGUGACACCGGGACGGGUUCCCACCUCCCCCCCCCCCUGCUGCCGGGACGUCUCAGCGGUGCCGUCUAGUGUCUGUUCGACGCUGCUGUGCGCACACGAGCAGAGAAGCAUGAGCGACACGAGCAGGCUGCUCACGGAACAGGCCAAAGCAAUACAAAACCAAUUUCUCCCUUUUCUAUGGAAAAAAAAACAACAACAUGCAGUUAUUUAAUGUUUGUUACAGUCAGUGUGAACCUCCUUUUUCUGUGUCUUGUUACCCCAGUCGCUGUUGUGUGUGUGUGUGUGUGUGUGUGUGUGUGUGUGUGUGUGUGUGUGUGUGUGUGUGUGUGUGUGUGUGUGUGUGUGUGUGUGUGUGUGUGUGUGUGUGUGUGUGUGUGUGUGUGUGUGUGUGUGUGUGUGUGUGUGUGUGUGUGCGCGUGCGCGCGUGCGUGCGUGCGCGCGCGCGCGCGUGCGUGCGUGCGUGCGAGCGAGCGAGCGAGCGAAAGGAUAUGAGAAUUAGGAGUGUGUCAUUAAGCGAGUUAAAGGUCGACAUGCUCAGUUUACGAAGAGAUGGAGAAAUGUAAGUGCACGAGAGGCCACACACACCAAUUCUACACAGUCCAGUUACUACCUAUGUGCUUCGAGGCAUCCGUCUUUCGUUGGGCAACAAAAGCUUUAAGAAUUACCUGUGUUUGUGUGUGUGUGUGUGUGUGUUUCAGAGCGAAUGUGCGAGAAACGGAUGAGAGCAAACGCGACAAUCUCUUUUCCUUUUUCUAAUGCAAAAUCUAUUUUUGCACUCGGCAUACAUCCAUCUUUAAAAGCACAUUUCACGUAAAAGGGAAUUUAACGUUCAAAAUGCGACAAACUCAAUAUUCAGGCUUCUUUACUGUGCCUCUGUUCACUCCCCUGAAGCUUCAGUGUUUCACAACUUUGAAUCACAGCGAGUUCUUUACGGAAUGUUGGAGGAUCGUGGAGAUGUGUUUUGUUUCCCUUUAACGUUACGGUUCAUCCAUUCAUCAGCUGGGAUUCCUAGUCGGAUAAAUGCAACAUGAAGUCCAAGGGGGGGAUUAUGUUUUAUCGGCGCUACCCUUUUUUUGUGUUAAAUUCUAACGUUACAUUCGGUGGUUUACUGUUUUUGUUUUCUAAUUCUUUUCUUUUUUUCCGGGUAAGGUUCCCUGUGUUAUUUUUGAAAUUUUGGUUAUGUAUGAAUUUAAUUUUAUUCAGUAAUUUACAUGAAUUUCAAUAAAGCUAAAGUUAUAUA